CGCAUAAAUCCGAAAGAUCAACGCAUCAGAGGUGGACUAACACAUUUUGGUGAAGGUCGUGAGUGCUUAUUGGGAAUCUGCUAGCUACCACUUGGGAUUGAUCCAAAUGUGACUUGGAUGUUGGUCACGCAGCUAAAUGCCUGAUUUAAUUUUCACCUCACAGCAAAGUCAUUACAAUCAACUUAAGUGUGACCUUAAGAAUUCCACAAUGUCUCUGGCUAAGCCUGCAAUGCGAGGACUCCUUGGGAAGCGUCUGCGGUUCCAUUUGCCCAUUGCCUUCGCUCUGUCAUUGGUGGCUGCAGCAGCUUUCAAGUAUGGUGUAACAGAGCCCAGGAAACGGGCCUAUGCCGAUUUCUACAAACAAUAUGACACCACAAAGGAGUUCAACAACAUGAGGGACGCUGGCGUUUUUGAAAGUGUCAGGCCAACUGGCAAAUAAACCCCUCUGAUGUCCCAUUGUGCAUUCCUGGUCUGAUGUUCCAGCUCUGUGAUUUACUCAUCGAACACUGCGGUUAUGUUCUCGUGAAUAAAUUAUUCUCUAUUGGUG